CUGAACCAUGGUUUAACCACAAACCAAACUCUUCAACUCCUGCCCUAAUCAGGACACUUAUUUAGACUUUGGUGAUUGCCAUUCUCCACACCACUACCCCUCUGCUACACCAAAUCAAUAACGUAUGAAUGAUGCCGUCGCUCAUGCAGAUGACAUGUCCUAUCCAACUCCUAUAAAGACCGUUGGACCCCUUCAAGCAAGCAGAAUCUCUCCAGCCAGCUCACUCACUGCUACCCCCUUUAUUGUUCUCUAAAAUAUACCGACAAAAUGUCCCUCCGCGCCGAAAACCGCGAAAAGAUCGACCGCCUCCUCGAGCGCGACCCCAACGUAACCAUCUUCCUGCGCCCCAUCGCCGCCCCCGCAGCUCUGGGCCUGGCGGGGUUCGCCGGCUCAACCUGGAUCACAGCGACGUGGGUCGCGCGCUGGUGGGGCGACGAAUCUUCUCCGACAAUCUUCUUCCCCUUUGUUGCAUUCUGGGGAGGCCUCGGGCAGUUUAUCGCGGGGCUGUUUGGGUAUGCGGCGCGGGACACGCUCAUCACGGUUAUUCAUGUGCUCUGGGGCAGUUUUUGGAUGAGUGUGGGGUUGUUGUAUUUGCUUGUUGCAACCGGCGCGCUUCUGCCGCAUCCCGUACAUGAGCAUUUCCCGGAGCUCGCGGCUUGGAUGAUUGUUCUUGCUUUCUUCACCUGGUCCGGCGCAAUUGCCUCCUCCGCCCGCGACCUCGUCCUAUGCGGCGUGCUCAGCACCCUCGCAAUCGGCUCGACAAUCGCGUGCUGCAUGUUCGCCUACGGCUCUGGCGUGCGCGCGGGCAUGAAAGCCGCCGCGUACUUCUGGAUUAUCAGCUCGAUCCUGGCCUGGUGGCGCGUGACGGUGUACCUUGUGGAAGAGGCGUUUGGGCCGGACACGGCGGUUGUCAGGUUCUUUCCUAUCUUCCGCACAAAGACCGAGCAGGGGAGGCCGUUGCUUGCGCCGGGGUAUGGAGAGCCCGGGGUUAAGAGGGGGAUGCCGGGGCUUAAUUAGCGGGUUGCAGGAAGAGGUUGUAGGAGGAAAUUGCUUUUGCUGGGUUUGUGGUAUUUGAGACUAAUCAUGUGGCUGUCGAGGUAGAGGGGGCGGGGUGUUAUAUAUGGAUGAAUGCUGGCAUAAUAAUGAACGUGAAUGUGCCGAUCGAAUGUCAAGAACUACCAAGAUCAUACGGUCGAUAUGACCUGUUGCAAGUACCAGGGUGUAACCUCUCAAUUCUCGUUAUCAGCC